CGCAGCACCUCCAUCCUUAGCCUGCCAGAGUUACAUGUUAUAUAACCCUUCGUUCUUCUCCCCCCCACCACAGACUCAGCUCUUACUUUCUUACCACCACGGCGACUUCUCUGUAGAGCUUGUAGGCAUCCCGUCUUCAUAUCCUCACGAGUCAUUCGCUUGACUUGACGCCGCAUCACCAAUCCAACCCUCUACUUGAACGUCAUCCCAGGAACCGUCACCAUGCCUGCCUGCAAGCCAAAGCUCGCGCAGCUGACUACUCCCGUCACGGCCACCUUCCCUUCAGAGCUCUCUGCUCUGUCGGCCAGAACGCCUCUCUCUGCAGUUCGUGAAUACAUCAAGGAGGAAUACCCCACUAGUACCAAGACACCCAUUACCCCUCCUACGGCUUACAUGGAUUUCCUCAAGGCUAUGUCGGUAUCGUCUCCCGUUGCGACGGGGAAGCGAACAGGGUCAGGGACUACUACCCCGGAGGACGAUUCGGUGCUGGAUUCGGCACCAUCAACCGCUAGCAGUGAGCAGACAGACUGCUCUUGCAAAUGCGGCAACCAUAAAUCAGCCACCGGCGUGCCGCCGAGCCCUUUUGGAAAUCAGCCCAUGUCAGCCCCACCAGUGGGAAUGGCAUUUCCAAGCUUCCACCUCCCGUCAUCCCCUUCCGUGUCAACGAUAGAUUCACCACUGAGUGCAACGGUACGGUCACCAUUCAGCGCGAAAUCAGUACGGUCACCGUUUGAUUGGGAGGCAGCGUUAAAGUCCAGGUACUCGCAGGACUGCAGGGCGCAUAAAUCAUCAACGAAAAGUGUGAGGCAUAUCCGGGAGGUCGUUACGAGAACUGUUACUUACACGCCACGAAUGCAGCCGGCACCGAAAGGAAAGAGGAGGAAGACGACGCAUUCAGACUGCCAAAAAGCCCAAGCGGCGGCGGCGGCAGCAACGGCAGCGGCAGCAGCAGUCGCCAUCCCAGCCCCAGUCUCAGCUCCUCAAGCCAACAAGGUUUAGAGAAUUGAUGGACAGCGAAUAUAGCAAAUCAAAAAAAAAAUUUCGACAUCGUUUAAACUCAACUGACUUAUUUCGCCAAGGCCUGAUUUCAUAGCGGCUCCAGCAACGAUCUACCUAUAUUCCAUUUGUUUAUAACCAUUUAUCACUUACUCUCUGAGCAACUCACAUUCUCUAUCUCUACAACUAUCUACUUCUCCGAUAUAUUUAUCAGCAUCUAAACAACAUCAAUAACAACAAUAACGUCGCCUCCGAGAUUCAUGGGUUGCAGGUUCCCAUUUUGGGACCCGGAUCAGCGGCGGAAAUGAAUUUAUGGCUCCUUUACGAUCUAGAUCCAUGGCGUACCUGGAAUUAAAGAAGAGGGGACUAUGGGUGGAUAUUUGUUAACAAACUGCGACGGAGUUUAUUGGCGUUUUGUCGCAGGUCUGCGGCGUUAGCGAUCCUGGGGGCCCCGGAGCUUGCCAGGCGAUACCAAGGAAAUUGUGGGAUUUUUUUUCUAUUUUUUUGUAUUUUUUGGCCUGCGUAGU